ACGCGAAUUUACUGCACAGUUCUGACCCAGAGCAACGGGAACCGUACCCUAUCCAAUCGAAUUUCGCACUCUACACCAUCACAAUCAUUUGUCCCCCCCCUUCUUUUACACUUUGCAUUGCUACUACAUACACAUUCAUUCAUCGUAAACAUGCGAUUGUCAACCUUUGCCUUGACGGCAGCAUUGGUUUCCACCCCUUUCACCACAGCAUUGGAGUCAAGUUUCAAACAAAAAUUAGCACAUAGAAGUUUAGUCUCUCUGGAAUCAAGAGAUCCAACGGGAAAUUUUGAUCAAUUAUACCUAGCUUCAAAUUAUCAAAAUGGUUCAACUGCACCAGGAGCUGCUGCAAACGAUAAUGCAGGUCAACAAGUCGUAGUCGGAGGAACGGGUGCUGAUGAUGACAGUCAAAGGCCAGGUUGUGAUACAAUCUUUAUCAAUACUGCUGCUGUAAACGGAAGCGAUACUGGCGGUUGGACUGAAAUUCCAAACGUUUUAGGUUUUUAUGUUGAUCGUAAUAUCACCUAUGGCACAGCAACAAUGCCAGUCUUUGUCGAAGCAAACAAAGAUCUUACCAAAGUAAAACGUGUCAUCAUCGGUCAACCUGGGAAACCGCGUGAUGCAUGGAAGUAUUCCAACCUGUUCCGUAAUUCACUCAAUUGUGCAGUUGCAAACACAAGUAUGGCCGUUCAAUGGAAUGACGUCUUGGUCACUGCACCUGUUUGGCUCGAUAUGGAUGAUCAUAAUGCAGGUGCAGGUAACCCAACAGAUUUGUACUUUUCUGACGGUGGCUGGAACCAAGGCAGUAAAGCACAAGGACCGGGAAAUGCUGAUGCAAGCUCUUUUGAAGUACUUGAUAGUUUGGUCACACGAUUUGCCAAUCAAUCAGAAUUCCCUGCUUUGACAAGUAUUAUCGUUGCCGGUCACUCUUUGGGUGGCUCUGUUUCGCAAAGAUAUGCAAUGUUACGCAACAAUGAUUCCAGUACGGAAGCUUUGGUCAGCUAUUGGGUGGGAAAUCCAGGUGCCUACGUUUGGCCUUCUCCUCAACGUCCCGUCACUCCAUCAAACACAUCUUGCGCAAGUGAAGUGGAUGAUUGGUCAUAUGGUGUUGCAGGCGGCUUGCCAGCAUAUGUGAAAGGCAAACCUGCUCCUGAUACCUUCUAUGCACGUUACCGAACCCGAAGAAUUCAAUAUGCUUUAGGUUUGGCAGAUUUUGGACCAGGUGAUACUCAUUGUGAAGCACAAUAUCAAGGUUCAAGUCAUUUGAACAGAGGUCAAAAUAUGCAAAAAGCGUUGCAAGCUAUGGCAGGUGGAAUGCCUAGCACGCAAUCGUUCAACUACGUUCCCAACACCAGUCAUGAAGAUUAUUUGAUGAUGAGCGAUCCCAAUUCGCAAUCAUACCUCUUUGUAGAAGGAUUGACCGACCCACGUCCUUCCGGUACCGCAUCUUCCAGCAGUGGCGGCAGUAGCAAUAGCAAAUCUGGAUCCAAAUCUGGCUCUAGUUCUGGUGGCAGCAACUCAUUAAAAUCCGGCGCAGGUGUGUUGGAGAGUAUGCAAGGUUUGAUGUUGAGCAUUGUUUUCGUUGUCGCUUGCAUUGUACUCUAAACAGUGUCGUCUAUUUAGACAAUCGUUGUACUGGUUAUACAAGAUUUUAUUUCUUAUCUCGUCAUCAUGGACAAUUUAUUUUCUACACAUUCAUAUUGGACUCUUUAAUAUUGACAACCUAAUAUACAUCUAUCAUAC